CAUAAGAAAUGUCUCACAUAGUUUAUGUACAGCUCUGAAUAUUGGGUCGUUUUUUUUUUUAAAUUUAGUUGAUUGAUAGUUUAAGCUUUAUAAAUUCUGUUAAUUUAUCUGAGUGGUUAUGAACAAUUGUUAAUAUUGAGUUUAAAAAAUGUUUGGAUAUUUGAAUAAAUCGCAAAUAAGACAAUGUUUGACAACACAUCGUAAACACGUGAAACGAAAAUCGCUGAAUAUUUGUGAGAUAAAACGACAAUUCUCUAGUAGAAAGUAUAUAAAAUUAGGUGAUUUAUAUGCUCGACUGGGACUACUGGCUGGUGCAUCACAGCCUGAAAUCAAAAAGGCCUACUACAAAUUAUCUAAAGAAUAUCACCCAGAUAGGAAUGAAGGCUGUGAUGUUUCUGCAUCGAAAUUUCGAAGUAUUACCGAGGCUUAUGAAAUUCUUGGCAAUGAAACAACCAGAGCUCAAUAUGAUAAAGAAACCCCUUACGGAAGAGCGACAAGGAGAGCUACUUCAUACAAACCCCAACCCAGUUCAUCGUUCCACGAAAAAGAUGAAGAACUUGCUGAAAAGAUUCGAACGUACCGUGAGAAUAUGCGACGAAAAGGGAAGAAACGAAGUGAAAGUGAAGAAUUCCAAUUUCGACGUGAAAAUUUGUUUGAUUUUGAUGCUUGGUACAGAGCGCAUUUCCAAGAAGAUUACGGCUCAAAGAUUCGUAAAGAGCGUAUACAAAAGUUUGCUGAACAAUACCAAGAGCAAAUGAUGCGGAUAUCACGGGGACAAUAUCGAAUUCGACCGCCAAGACCAUAUUUGGAACGCAAAGAGCUGUCCGAUAUCGAAAAACAAAUGUAUGAAAUGGUAGAAAAGGAAAUGAACCAGAAAAUUAUGAAUGUAUUACAUUUUGGAAUAAUUUGUUUAAUUGCGCUAUUUACUGUACUAUGCAUAAUAGAGUAUAAUAAUAAGAAAAAUGCUGUUCCUUAUCAAGAUCCAUAUGCGAAGCAAAAUGAUGAAUCGUCAACAAAAAUUGACGAUAAAAAAGCUUAAUAGUUCAUUGAAAUAAAACAUCUCAUAUGUAAAUCAUA